AUGCAUCAGCAGGUCAAUGAAUGGCGGCCACACCAAACCAGAGAGGCUUUGAUAUCCCUACUUCAGAAUCAGCUCGAAAAGACGCGCAACGAGACGCGGGCUCUCCAAGAAGUUACAGACAGCGUGCGCAGAACGCUCGUUGGAUUUGCUGGCGUGCAAUUUUUUGACAGCUCAAUCGAUGGCUUUGAUACUCAGCCGAAGCUCAACGGCAGCGAUUGGGCUGAUAACGCAUUAGACAGGUCAUCACAUGCGCGUUCGGGUGAGCUAUGGAAGAUAAUGGAUGAUAUAUUUGAGUAG